AAAAAAAACUAAAAAGCCAUCAGCUGUCGGUUCAUUAUGAUGCUAAUUGCGACCAAAGCGAAUGAGAGCGAGUGAGCUUGGGAGAGACAAAGGAAGAGAGUGUGUGUGAGAGAGCGCGAAUUGUGUGUAGAGGAUUAGUUAACAACGUGCAAAUGAUAUGCAACGUGCCGCAUGUAGCAUGCAACAUGCUGCCUCACGCUGCCACAGGGCCCUGUCACUUGACCCAUAAACAGUUCGUUUGGCCUAAUCCAGUUAUGCAUGCAUCUGGAUUAGCGUGUGAAAACGCGCAGGACCAAACUCGUAUCCUUGCGGCCCGCUCCUGCUGCUGGCUAUCGCUGCUGCUGAUGCUGCCACUUUUUGCGGCAGCCGUUGCGACUUUACGACACUUUUUAGGUAAUGAAUGGGAUUAAGCACACUUUUUUUUUGUUUUUGUUUUAGUAAUCCAGUUGUAAAAAAAAAAAAUGCAAUCAUUUCAAUGAACCAUAAAAAAGGGCACCUUUACCUCGUUGACCUGUGCCACAGCAGCAGCAGCAGCAGCAGCGCAGCAGCCGCGUCGUAGCUCAUGAAUGAGCAGGUAUUUGCCGUGCCACCCGGAAUGUGGCAUAAAAGUGAGCAACAUCCGAGCUGAGGACAGCAAACGCAGUUCAGCAUUCCAGCAGCCAAGAUGUGCAAUCCACAACAGACGCCGACUUCAGAGCAACAACAACAACAGCAACAUGCAGCAGCCAGCACAGCCUAUGCCCUGUACUUGCAUCGCGAGGAGCUGAGACGCCGCAAGCUGCAUUCAGUUCGCACCUCGGCCACAAAGAUACAGCUGACCAAUGAGUUAAUUGCCAGAACCAAGCAGAACAUACGCGAAUGCAGCGAUGAGGACCUGGAGAUACUCGCCCGAGAGACCGUAUUUAAGAAGAGUCUGCAGCGACAUUUACACUACAGACGCAUGCAGCUGCAGGCCUGGAUGCAGGCCAAAAGGCAAGGCAAAAUUGCCAAAGUGGAGCCAAAGCGAAGCGUAUGAGAAUAUUGAGAGAUAGGGAGAGAGAGAG